GACGAACUAAUGAGUAAAUCUACCGGUAAAACAGCGUAGGAUCGUCUCGAGUUACUUCUUCCCAUUCGUCCAUCGUUUGUCGGCUCACGUCGUGCACGGAUAUUCCGAAGAAAAAUUUAAACAAAAAUGUCACUGGGUAUGUGUGAAACUCCAGGCUGUAAAACUAUGGCCAGCCUUCAAUGCCCGACUUGCCUGAAAAUUGGAAUACAGGGUUCAUAUUUUUGUACUCAAGAUUGUUUCAAACGAAGCUGGAAGACACAUAAAGUCAUUCAUCAAUUAGCGAAGGGAGGAAGUGGAGACAAAUCUACCAAUGAUUAUAAUCCUUGGCCUUCUUACCAUUACACUGGAAAAUUAUAUCCUCAUAAGAGGGAACCUCGCAGAAAAGUACCUGAACACAUUAAAUGCCCAGAUUAUGCUACACAUCCUAAUGGUUGGUCUAUAAGCGAGCAGUCGGUUUCAGGUUCAGCUCAAGUAAAAGUUCUGGAUGAUGAAGAAAAGGAAGGCAUGCGAGUUGCUUGCAAGCUUGGACGCGAAGUUUUGGAUGAGGCUGCACGUGCCUGUGACGUAGGUGUUACGACAGCUGAGUUAGACAGAAUUGUCCAUGAAGCUUGCAUUGAAAGAGACUGUUAUCCAUCUCCGUUGAAUUAUUAUCAAUUUCCAGCUAGUUGUUGCACUUCUGUUAAUGAAGUUAUCUGCCAUGGUAUUCCUGAUACUAGACCACUCGAAGAUGGAGAUAUUUGCAAUGUUGAUGUAACUGUAUAUCAUAAUGACUUUCAUGGUGACUUAAGCGAAACGUUUCUAGUCGGUAAUGUAAAACCUGAAGUAAGAAAAUUAGUCGAAGUUACGUAUGAGUGUUUAAUGAAAGCUAUAAAUAUCGUACGACCCGGUGAAAAAUAUAGAGAAAUUGGAAAUAUAAUUCAGAAACAUGCCCAAGCCCAUGGAUAUAGUGUAGUACGAAGUUAUUGCGGUCAUGGAAUUCAUCGUUCAUUCCACACUGCGCCAAUUGUACCUCACUAUGCCAAAAACAAAGCUGUGGGUGUUAUGAAGCCGGGACACUGUUUCACUAUAGAACCAAUGAUAUCUCAAGGUACAUGGAGAGACGAAACCUGGCCUGAUAAUUGGACGGCGGUUACCGCGGAUGGCCAAUGGUCGGCUCAAUUUGAGCAUACGUUAUUAGUUACCGAAACUGGCUGCGAUAUUCUUACGAAACGGCUCACAAAUGACGGCAAGCCAUGGUUUAUGGAUAAAUCAUAGUAAUAUUCCAUUGUAAAUUAUUGUCAUUUUAUGUAAUUUCAAAUUUUGUGAAUAUGUAA